AUGUUUUCAAGACGCCGAAGAGGACACGCUGGAACUGAUGAAGAAAUUGUUAAAACAGAAGAUGCCGAACCGGAGCCAUUUGAAGAAAUGUACUCAGUCUUCCGUAUUGUUGCACUUUAUGAGAUGUUAAUUCAUGGUCAAUGGAAGUAUAUGGCAAACUAUUUAUCCAAAAAAAGAACUCAAUUGGUACUUGGAAUGUACAUUGGAGCAGCAUUUGAACUCGUUAGAUUUGUGUGUGCGCUGGUAAUUGCGAUUGUGUUGAUUCUGUUGCGAAUGUCUGUAUUGCUUCCACUAUACAGUGACUCGAUUAUUGGAAAUUUAUCAUGGAUUUGUGAAAUGAAUUAUCUUGCAUUUUGGAUUGCCCUCAUCGUUUUUGGUCUCAUUGUUAUUCAGUUUACUGUGUAUCAAUGUCGUAAUCCAACAUAUGUAGUCAUAUCGACAAGCAUCAAUUUUAUUUUCUCAAUUAUCCUAAUCACAGCUUUGAUUCAUACAGUGAUCUUGAAAGACAAUAAAGAAGCAUUUUUGAAAGAAGGUUUGCACAAAAAAACUCUAUUUUCUGGAACAAUGUCAGAAAUGAGAACAUAUCAAGCUAGAAUGAAGUGCUGUGGAGUUGAAGGAGCGGAUGACUACAGUAAAAGUCAUAUAAUGACAUAUGUAAACCCGCUCACCAACAAAACAAUUCGAGUUCCUGUGACUCGGGAAUUCUCAAUCUACGAAUAUCACUUCUACAGUAUUCCGAUGUCGUGCUGCCGAAAAUUUGAUGGGGUUGUGUGUUCUCAACGUAAUCUGACAUCUGAAGAAACGCAAGAAGUGCGGAAAUAUGCAGAAGUUGGAAAAUGGGAUUUGAUGCUCAAGUACUUUGUCAUGCCAGAAUUAGGUUUGUAUUGGUCAAGAGGAUGUCUGACGGAAUACGUGGAUUCAAUUGAAACUUAUAUUACUGUAUUGAUUUCAACUCUUGUCAUUUUUGCUUUGUUCACUGCGUUGACUAUCGGAUUUGUUAUUGUUCUUUUAUUGUAUGAGGAUGGAAUCGGGCACAUUGUAUCAGAUACAAAAAUGUUCGGAGUUGAAAGAAAUACGGGAGUUCAUUUUUUGAUGAGCUUGGAUAUGAUGAACAGUGAUUUCCAGGAUGACUUUAGUUUGAUUGAAUUCCUUCGAAACACUGAUAUUGAUCGCUUUGUAGCUGGUGAUAAACUCGGGGACACAAUAAAUGGAAGAAAAGAUGCCGAGAAAGCUUGAAAUUCGAAUUAAGAAAUG